GGCUCACAUCCAGCGGCGCCGGCGUCCUGGGCGAAGCCCGCGGGCCGUUCACCUGCUUUUUGGACCGGUUGCCGGGCGUUUCGGCCCGGUCGGGGCAUGCCGGAGGACGAGGCGACUGAAGGAAAUGAGCCGACUAGCGCAGGAGGCGAGGUGGACGAGCCCAUGGCCGAUGCCGGCGAGGACGUGCCCUCGGGAGGCCCCUCGCAGCCUGCGGAGGCGCCAGCAGCGCCGGACCAGCCCGGGCCCGACGGGCCUGACGGGCCUGACGGGCCGGACGGGCCCGACGGGCCCGACGGGGCUCGGGAGGAAACCAAGGAGGAGGCUCAAGAUGAUCGAGAGGAAGCUGUAGAGCCUGCGGGUCAAGCUGUAGAUGGCCCAGAUCAUCCAGAAGAUCAGAGAGAAGCGGAGGAGGUCCCCGCAGGUGAUGCCGAUCAAGAUAGAGAAGAUGGCUGGGAGGACGGCGACCACGACGAGGGCGAGUCACGCGAGCCACGCGAGGACCGCGCGGAGCACGAGGAGGACCGUGGUGAUGGCGGUGAGAAAGGCGAGAAUGGCGAGCGACAUGAGGCCUCUGCGGGCGGCGAGCACAAGGAGCAUGGCGAGGACGGACGGAAGGAUGGGCAGGACGGUGAGGCUGGUGAAGCGACUGAAGCAUCUCAAGGCCAAGCGCCCGAAGCAUCCCAGGAGAAGCGUUACGUCGAGUGCGAGGAGGAUGCGCCUGAGGAGACGCGCGAGCUGGUGCCGCCGGGCACUUUCUCAAGCAGUUGGAGCUUGGCCACGCUGAACGUCAUGGUGACCGCCGAGGGCCGCGUGCUGGUCCCCUUAACCGACGCUGGCCUCGGUCAACUGCUGUGCGGCGCCAAAGCCACGGCUGGCCUCAAAAGGGGGCGAUACCUCUUCGAGGUGAAGGUGCUGGAAAUCAGGAGCAGCGGGGAGGGCCGCCGGCGACCCAAGCAGCUGGUGGCGCUGGGCUUUGCGACGCGCUCGGCGCCGCUCUUCCUGGGCGACGGUGAUCAAAGCAUCGGCUUCGACACCGAUGGCUGCUUCAUUGUGAACGGGCGGAAAUCCUGGAUCGAUGGCAUCAAUGAUCGCAUCACUGUGGACCGUCAAUUGGUCUUGGGCGUGGUGCUGAACCUGUUGCCUGAUAGCCCGAAUAGCAACACCUUGAGCCUCUUCGUGAAUGGCGUGCGCAUGGGAAAGCCGCAAGCACUGCCUGAAGAGCUCAAGGACAAGACUUUGUACCCCACCAUGAACUUCAAGAACGUGACCUUGCACGCGAACUUCUCCACCCAGCCCUUUGCCCCGCUCGUGUUCGCGUGCCGGACACUGCAAGAGGCAGCCAAGGAGGAUGUGGAAGUGCUACCAGCAUGGGCAGAGAAGCAUGAGGUGAUCUUCCCAGUGGGCUUGCCCAAUGAGGGCACUUGCCUUUACCUGGAUCAGUUUCAGAAGGAGAAGCAGGCCUCAGCGCAGUUCACGGAACUCAGUUUGGAGUCGCUGAAGAACUGGGCACAUCUCAGUGGGUUAAGUAGUCGCGAGCUGGACCGCAGUGCCCAGCAGAUGCUGGAGUCCGUGGCACAGUUGUCGCCGCAGCACUUCAUCCUCAAGCAGCUCCAGCGGAACCUGCUGCCGAGCGCGCGGCAGCGUUCUCUGAAGCUCUUCGACACGCAGCGCUUCAAGCGAACGGCGGUGGUGAUGCUGGGCCAGCCCCCCGAGGAGGUCCGCGGCGAGGUCCGAAAGACCCUGCGGAAGGAGCGCCAGGAGAAGGCGGCGGCGGAGGUGAAGAGAGCCAAACGGCCCUCGAAGUGGGACAACUGCGAGAAGAACGCCGCCUCCGCCGAAGACUUGGAGGCCGAGGUGCUCAAGGCCAUGGAAGCCGUGGAGGUCACGGAAGAAGAGGAGCGAAGCUUCCUUGAAAGGAUGGUCGAGGAUCAGAAUGAGAGAGACUUGGCGAAGUCCUUCGCAGAUUUCAAGAUCCCUUCGAAGGAGGAAGGCUUCCAGGACAUCGUCUUCGCUUGGCAAGGGGAGGAAGGAAGCGCCGAGUAUUUGAAGAGGUGGAUCGCGGACAAAAAACUCGUUGAGCGAGUGCCGGACUUGAGGCCGAACGAGUGGUUCCGAGAGAAGCUGCGGCAGUGGCAGCAGACCUUGAGCAGGUGGAAGAGGAAACAGGAGGACUGGUCCGACCCCUCCGCCCGGCGGAAGCCGAAGCCGGUGGGUCCGGUGAGGUCCGAGGGUCAGCCGGAGAACUCUGACGAGGUGGAUCCCUGGAAGCUGCUCGAUGUCACCGAUAUCGGAACAGGUGAGCCCCUGUUCUCCAAGUUCACGUGGGAAGAUUGGCAGCUGUUAGAACUGCGGGUCCAGUUGCACUUGCUGGUGCACGGCUAUAAGCAUGCCAUGCAGGAUCCGGAGCGAGUCACCUUCCACGAGAGCCACACCGAGUUUUAUUACGAGAUUUUCUAUCGACGGCCGAUCGGCCUCAGGAACUUCGGCGCUGGCAAGCUCUCGGACUUGCUGGAGAUGGUGAAGGACACCUUGGAGAUUUUUCCCAAGACUUCGGUCUUGGAUCCGCAAUUGUCCGACGACACGCCUUUCGAGAACUUCUUGCGCCUGGUGGAAGACGCCCGUCGCUGCCGCCUCGUCCGCCUGGACGGCGGCGACGAGACCGCGCGGCUGCGCCUCACCCGGGCGCACGGGCGGCCGGCGCCUCCGCGGCAGCGGCAGGAGUUCCGAGGCGAUGACCGCAAGGGCGACCGCGGCAAGGGCGACUGGGGCGACCGUGGCAAGGGCGAUCGCGGCAAAGGCCGAGGCUAUGAUCGGGAGCCGGUCCGCCACGGAGGCCGACCCCAGCACUCCACCCGCUGGGAGCACUCCGCGCCGCCGCGCGGCUCCCGGGAGCACUCCGCGUCCGGCAACGCGGACGGACGGAGCUCCCGCGCGAUGCCGCCGCCGGCGCCGCCGCGCACCGAGUUUGCGGCCAGAGGGAGGUAUCCGGAAGAGCUGGAGCGCGCCUCUCGCGGUCGCACCACCCGGGCACCGGGCGACGCGCCCCGAGACGCGGGGCCCCGGGGCGGCUACGAGCGCAGCCGAAGUGGUCGGAGGGAUCCGCGCACGGAGGUGCGGAUGGAGAGACCAGACAGAGGUGGUUACCAGGACGCGCACCGGCGCCCUGACCCGCCCCCGCCGCCGAGCCACCCGCCACCACGAGCGCCCGACGCGAGCUAUGGGCCGCGGCGAGGGCGCUGAGGCCAGAUCGCACAUGCAGCCAUCGCGGAAAAGGG